AUGGCGCCAUUUUCUUUUGUUCUCCUCCCACAAUAUGAUGACAUUUCUUUCUUUGUUCUUCUCUCUUUUCUUCGCAUAUUUCUCUCUUUUUCAUAUCUCUGUUUUCUCUCCCUUCAUGUCUUUUUCUUUCACUCUUUCUUGUUACUCUCGCUCUCUCCCUUUCUCAUCUAUAUCUCGGCGUCCAAAUUAUUUCUAACAUUUCUUCAUUUCACUGCAAACUUUUGGUACUUUUUCCGUUUUUCUAUGUUUUCUCCCUCCCCUCUCUCUCUCUGCCCCCUCUCUCUCUAUCUCUCUUUAUAUUCCUCUCACUUUUUCUUCUUUUCCUUUGUUUCUUCUUUCUUUUUUCUUUCUUUCUUUCUUUCUUUCUUUCUUUCUUUCUUUCUUUCUUUUUUUUUUUUCUUUUUUUUUUCUUUUUCUUUAUUUCAUUUCUUUUACCUCCGUCUCUUUUUUUUUUCUUUCUUUAAAUUCUUUCUUUCUUUUUUUCUUUCUUUCUUUCUUUCUUUUUUUUUUUUUUUCUUUUUCUUCUUUCUUUCUUUCUUUCUUUCUUUUUUCGCUUUUUCUUCGUCUCAUUUCUUUCUAUUUUCUUUAUUUCUAUCACUUUACCUCCGUCUCUUUUUUAGUUUCUUUCUUUCUUUCUUUCUUUCUUUCUUUCUUUUUUUCUUUCUUUCUUUCUUUUCGUCUCAUUUCUUUCUAUUUUCUUUUUAUUUUCUCAAUUUUUUCUUUUUUAGUUUCUUUCUUUCUUUUUUUUUUUUCUUUCUUUCUUUCUUUCUUUCUUUCUUUCCAUUCUUUCUUUCUUUUUUUUCUUCGUCUUUUUCUUUCUUUUUUUUUAUUUCUAUCACUUUUACCUUUCGUCUCUUUUUUAGUUUCUUUCUUUCUUUCUUUCUUUUUUUUUUUUUUUUUCGUCUCAUUUCUUUCUUUUUCUUUUUUUCUUUCUUUCUUUCCCCUUUCUCUUUUUUAGUUUCUUUCUUUCUUUCUUUUUCUUUCUUUCUUUCUUUUUUCUUUCUUUCUUUCUUUUUUCUUUUUUUUCGUCUUUUUUUUCUUUUUUUUUUUAUUUCAUCACUUUACCUCCGUCUUUUUUUUUUUUUUUUUCUUUCUUUUUCAUUUUUCUUUCUCAUUUCUUUCUAUUUUCUUUAUUUCUUUUUUACCCCGUCUCUUUUUUUUUCUUUCUUUCUUUCUUUCUUUCUUUCUUUCUUUCUUUCUUUCUUUUUCUUUUUUUUCUUUUUCUUCGUCUCAUUUCUUUCUCAUUUUCUUUAUUUCUCUCUUUUCCCCGUCUCUUUUUUAGUUUCUUUCUUUCUUUCUUUCUUUCUUUCUUUCUUUCUUUCUUUCUUUCUUUCUUUCUUUUUUCGCUUUUUCUUCGUCUCAUUUCUUUCUAUUUUCUUUAUUUUUUAUCACUUUACCUCCGUCUCUUUUUUUUUCUUUCUUUCUUUCUUUCUUUCUUUCUUUUUUUCUUUCAUUCUUUCUUUCUUUUUUUCGCUUUUCUUCGUCUCAUUUCUUUCUAUUUUUCUUUAUUUCUAUCCUUUUACCUCCGUCUCUUUUUUUUUUUUCUUUCUUUUUUCUUUCUUUCUUUCUUUCUUUCUUUCUUUCUUUCUUUCUUUCUUUCAUUCUUUCUUUCUUUUUUCGCUUUUUCUUCUUUUUUUCUUUCUUUCUUUCUUUCUUUCUUUCUUUCUUUCUUUCUUUCGCUGUUUCUUCAUUUCUUUAUUCAUUUCUUCCGUUCUUCCUUUCUCACGUCUGUCUUUCUUUCCUUCUUUCUUUCCUUCUUUCUUUCUUUCGCAUUUCAUUUGUGUCUUCUUUCUUUUGUUCUUUAGCUGUUCCGUUGUCAAUUCUUUCUUACCUUCAUUCUGUCUUUCACCUUUCCGUUGUCUCUUUUAUCUUUCUUCAUUUCGCUUUUCCUUGGUCUCUUUUUCUGUCUUUCAAUCUUUCUUUCUUUCUUUCUUUCUUUCUUUCUUUCUUUCUUUCUUUCUUUCUCUUUUGUUUUGUCUCAUCUUUUCUUUUUCUUCCUUACGUCAUUUCUUUCCUUUUUUUUCUUUCUUUCUUUUGUUUUGCCUCUCUCUCAUUUCUAUCUUGGUGUCUCUCUCUUAUCUGUCUUUGUUUCUCUUUCUCUCUUUUCAUUGUUUUUUUUUUUUUUUUUAUCUCCCCCUCUUUUUUUUAUUCCUCUCACUUAUAAUUUAUCUCUUUUUGUUUCUCUCUGUCUCUCUAUUUCACCGUGUGUGUUUUAUUUUCUGUCUCUUUACAUACACACACACACACACACCUACUCUCCCUCUCUCUCUCCCCCCCUCUCCCCCCUCUCGUUCCCCCCUCUCCCCCCCUCUCUCUCUCUUACCGAAAGUAUUCUGCCCAGUUCUGACAAAGGCCACGGUCUAA